GACGGUUUCUGUGGAGCUUUAACGAAAAUGGUUAGAUUUAAAUAAAACAGAUUGACAUACGAAGGUUUUGUUUUGUUUUUGUCUCGAAUUCGCAAUGGCAGCCAGGCCACGUGGGCCUAAUAUAUUGAUAACAGGGACACCUGGAACCGGUAAAUCAACGCUGGCAUCAGAGUUGGCACAGAGAACAGCCUUAAACUACGUCGGUGUUGGGAACCUGGCCAAGGAACAGGAGCUGUUUGAAGGGUGGGAUGAAACGUACCAGUGUCCAAUCCUUGAUGAAGACCGGGUUAUUGAUGAGCUGGAAGACACUAUGAGUGAGGGUGGCAACAUCGUGGACUACCACAGCUGUGACUUCUUCCCCGAACGCUGGUUCGACAUCGUCUUCGUGUUGCGGACGGAUAACAAGACGCUUUAUGAGAGACUUGAGAAACGAGGCUACAGCAGCAAGAAACUGGAGGACAAUGUGCAAUGUGAAAUAUUUCAGACAAUUCUUGACGAGGCUCGUGAAGCCUACAAAAGUGAAAUUGUUCAUGAACUGCAGAGUAACACCCCAGAGGAAAUGGAAGACAAUUUGGACAAAAUGGCUUUGUGGAUUGAAGACUGGAGAGCCUCACACUGAUGUUUUUUUUGUUUGUUUUUUUUCAAUUGUUUUUUUUAGCUGAGAUAAACAAAAAAAACACCCAGAA